UGUGUGUGUGUGUCUUUUAAAUGCAAUCAAGUGGUCAAGGUUAUAUAAUGGUGGAAAAUGUUUUGAAAUGAUAGCGGUCUCAUUUUUUUUAUAUCACUAAAACAUGGCAUUUGAACGAGUGUACAGAUGUUUGAUACCCCAUGGUGUUUGUCUCCCGAUAAUCCACUACAUCCAGAAUGCUGCAUCUGUGCUAUGCAUUUGAUAAUAUGAAGCAUUGACUCAUGCUGUUCUGUGGUUUGACUUUUAAGAACCCCAGGCAAGGCGAGUUGGGAAUAUUCACAAGUACGUCAUGUUUGCACCGCGUGGGUUCUUUUGUUUAGCUCUUCCAAUUUUCCAUUGCAUUAGCCAAACCGUUACUGGAGGUUUUCGCAUUGAUACUGAGUGGAUCCGAGCCAUGUUCCAUUGAUGCAGGGAAAGGUGCCGUUGGCGGUGGUUAUUAAUACACUUUCUGCAGAGUGACAAAGAAUGCGUACCUGUUUUGUCUGUCACAAGGCUUGUGGUAAAUUCCUUUUGGGUUUUCCUCAACGUUGCAGCUUUAAUUAAUGCCGCAUUUUAUGGUUGGGUUGCUAUUCUAUUGGAGUUCAAUGCAUUUCUCACUAACUUUGAGUGUUAGCUUGCCAAUUGCACUGACAUAAUAGGGGCAUCCUGAUCAAUAGGUUGCCACAUUCAUACAGUAAGCAUUGCUGUUUGCAGUCUAUAUUCCUUUCUUCUCCCAUGAUGCUAUUCGCUGCUGAAACAUCAUCUUGACAUCCAGUGAUGUUCAUGCAUUGUGUGUGUGUGUUUUUUAAUCUGUCCCAUAAAUAACCAGUUCUUCUCAUUCUGUGCUACUAAAGCACACCUCUACCCUCGCAACUGACCCAUGUCAUUGGGUGACACUAUUGAAUUUUGUGUGUGUGUGUGUGUGUGUGUGUGUGUGUGUUACACACGCCUCACCGUUCAAAUGGAAAGGGAAUGACACACAAUGUCAUUCAGCUUCUGGCACAAAGUAUCAGUGAACAUCUCUUUGCGCUUCAUCCCGGUGGCUGCUCCGUGACUGCUAACGGACGAUUUUUAGGGUAAAAAAACAAGAAAUGUGUGACCCUCAACAGAAAGUCAAGAACAAAAAAACAGAUGCCCAAUCUCAAAAAAUGAAACACCACCAUCACUCCAAACAAAACCACCGUCACCUGCGUCAUCAUCAGCAGACGUUCCGUCAGUCAGAUGAAGAAGAUGACCAAGACGCUCAUUCAACAGCGGAGGACAGCUUGCUCAACGAUCACCUCCCUCAUCAUCAACAUCAUUCUCAUCGUUACCGCCACAGGCCAAACCAUGGCCGGCUCUCCCUUUCCGAAACUUCUUUCACAUCUUCAUAUGAUUCCUCUUCAUCCACUUUCUCCUCUUCAUCAGCAACGGCCUCCUCUUCUUUGGGUUCUUCAUCAUCCAACUCCUCCUCUACCUCGGCAUCUUCCUCGAGUCUGUCAUCCGAGAGCAGCAGCGAAGGUUCAGACAGAUUCCUCCUUAGGAGGCCUCAACAUUCCCAGUCUUGUACAAACAUUUAUGAGAAGUACAGUGAAGAUGGAGACGACACAGCACCUUUGAUUGGUAGCAAGGGUCAUGUAGGUAAGCAGAAACGGGCAGAGGGAAAGUCUGCUCACAACGGCGCCAAACAAGGCACCCAGAAGAAGACACACGAGAGUGCAAGUUUCCGCAAAUCCAAAUCAAUGGAGGCCCUCACUUGCCCCCCAGAAAAAGAGGGGCACGCAAACGAAGAAGAACAGGAGAAGAAAAAAAACGAAGUCAGAAAGAAUUUAAUGAAGGAGAAAAUGAAGUUCUCCGCCUUCCUCAAUGAGAUCACUCGACAAGUGCUCAGCCCAAUGAGACUCACCACGCUGGGUGUCACAGAUGCUCAGAAACCAAGCAGCACAGAACCCACCUCUGUUCGAUCCAGUAAAUCUGAGAUCAAUACAGACAGGAGCCGACAGCAGAGGAGUCGGCCCGUCAGCGCCGACUCGGUUGACUCCCGCCGGUCUUCUCAUGCUCAUCUUUCAAAGUCAAAAUCGUCCCAGCACCACCACCACCACCGUAGUCACCGCUCUCCGGACUCACCCGAUCACAUGCAAGCUAGGCCCAGAAGCUGCACUGACAUAAGCUGUUUGGAAAGACAUCCAUCAUGGUCUCAAACUUCUCAGCAUUCCUCGCGAUCACCAUGUUGUAAACGGCACCGCCGUCGGAACCAAGAAGAUCAUAUUCAACGGUGUCAUCAUCAUAGCCUCCGACACAGCCCGAGUCCUCACAGACACCCCCGCAACAAAAGUCCUCAUCAUCAUCGUAGAUGCUACAGUCCUGUCUUUUAUCCCAAUCAUGGAGAUUCCGACAGUUCCAGUUAUCGUCAUAACAAACGUUCUCCCCGCAAUCACCACGAGGGCAACCGUGACGGAGGCCGCUACAGCAGUUUAACUCAUCCCCAUCGCACCGACUACCAUGACCCAGCUAUUUACCAGCAGGGUGAACAUCAUUCCCGCUAUCUCCAUGGAUACUACAACCAUGGUAAUGUUCCUCGCCGUGAAGAGCACCACAACCGAGCCUCCGCUCAUCAAAUUCGCAAGAGCAAAGAUCAUCACCGUAGCAAUCAACUAAAUACAAAACGCCCGACCACACCGCGUCACGGAAACCAAGCCCACAGCUGUGACCAAAGCGAUAAGCCACACUCAAAACAUCACCAUGGAGACCACCUUGGCCUUGUUCAGCAUCACAGUUUAAAGGACCAACAUCACCACGGCGUUCCUCACAGUGAUCAUCCGAAUCGUCACCAUGGAGAUCAACGCAGUGGGAUCCAGCAGCACAACCAGCGUGUCCAUGGAGAUGGAGGGCACCGUCCUCACCAUAGGGCCCAACACGGUCAAUUUGGAGGCCAUCAUAGGCCAGGUUAUCAACAUCAUCAACACGGAAGCCACCAUAGUCCCAACCAUCAGCAUCAACACAGCGACGACCGCAAGGACGUGCACCAACCUGAUGAUGAAGAGAGCCAGAAUUCCUAUCAAGAGCACCGCUAUGGAGCUCACCACAGUCCAAACUGUCUCCAUUAUGGAGACAAACACAGUCCAAACCGUGAGGAUCACCACAGUAAUUUGCAUCAAUGUAGUCACGGAGAGCAACAAAGUGCAGGGCAAAAGCACCAGCGCAGAGACCAUCACAGUCCAAACGGCCAACACCACAGCAGAGAUCAUACCGGUGCUCACCGUCAGCAUCACCAGGGCGACCACAAAAGUCCAAAUAGUCAUCACCAGCAUGAAGGCCACCAUAGUCGCACCCAUGAAAACCCCCAUGGGGAUCCAAGUCAUCAUCAGCCACAUCAAAACAAACGCCUCUCCAAAAAUGAGCCGGAACAUGAGGACAAGCACAAUGACACGAAUAGACAGUCUGCUGCCAGUCUCCCUCCAUACCAGAAGAAGGGAGUUCUUUCCUGCAAAUUGGAUUCAACAAAGAAGAUGACCAGUCCUUCCGGUCGAGAUGAGGAACAAACUGACUUCACCGGCCCAUCAAUACCGCAAGAACCAACACAUGAAGUGGACAAGAUUAUGAUCCUGCAGGAAGAUCACGAAGGUCUUCAACAGAGUUUUUUGAAGUCAGCAGUCCAGAUGGAGUGCUUUGGAGAAUUUUUAAACAGCCAUAAGCUUCUGGAAGAGGAGCUGCAGAGGACGCGUGUGGAACUGAGCAACCUCACGGAGAGUUUUAAAAUACUCCAUGAGAACUGUUCAUCCACACAACAAACAAAUAGCCUAUUGGAACAAAAACUCAACUCUGUGACAAAGAGCAUGGAAGGAGAGCGCGAGAGGUUGAGCCGACGAAUUUCAGCAUUGACAGAACAACUGGCUGGUGCAAAAUAUGCCAGCAAUGCAGACACAUUACAUGUGAAUUCUGCGCUCGACAAACCCAACGACCAUUUUCAUCCGGAUGAUGCCAUCAGUCAGGUUAUGCUCCCUCUGGCGCCUCCUCCAAUCCAGUUCAUGGACAGCCAAAACUAUGAAAAGGUCAAGGCCGCAGUGCAGGAACAAUGCCUAGGUUCGGUUCCCGAGGAGGAGGAGUCCGACUGGUCAGAAAUCGGGGAAGAGAUCCCACGAUUUAUACUGACAGGCUCAAACAGAAGUCAAGCUUGGAUGCACAGGGAAGGAAACACGGACAAAGACAGCGAGUCAGGUGGUGAGGAAAUUGUCCGAUAUCAAUCUCCCCGACCUCUGCAGGUACCUCAUUUCCAGUUCACCAUCCACAAUGAGAUUUUACCUGCCCCACCAGCCAAUGCUUGCCUCUCAAGUAUGACAGGUGAGAACGCAUUUCGGAUCACCGCCAGUCAGAACCUCGGCUCGACCAUGCUGAUCAGGUCAGCGAGCUUGGAGGAAAUCCCGCUUGCUUGCCAUCAAAUGCCGAAGGAGCUGAGAGGCACGGAGGCCAUGAUGGACCUCCACCACUCUGGGGAUGAAGCGAGUGACGAUAUGGAUAAUGAGAUCAUUCAUCAUUGGAGAACAAACAACAAGAGGGAUGGAAGGUCAUUAGAGGCCGAUAGCGCUCCGUGCAGUCUGCAGUAUGUCGAACAGAUGCUCAACCAGUUCAUGUGCGAGCCUCAGCGCAGCGAAGGAAUAUGUCAGAGCAGGUCGGAAAUGCACGGCUGGACAGGAGGGAUUGCGGAGGAGGUUUUAGGAGGGGAGCAAACACAACUGUGAUCCCCAAAAAUUCUUCACAAAUCCUGAGCUCAAAUACAAGCGCAACACCCGGACCAUAAGAACAAGCAAGGCAAAUAAGAACCA